UGUGUGUGUGUGUGUGAGUGAGAGAGAGAGAGAGAGAGAGAGAGAGAUAGUUAGUUAGUGUGUGUGUGUGUGUGUGCGCGUGCGCGCGCGCGAGAGAGAGAGAGAGUGAGUGAGAGAGAGAGAGUUAGUUAGUUAGUUAGUUAGUUAGUGUGUGUGUGUGUGUGUGUGUGUGUGUGUACGUGGCAGACGUGGAUAUGGAGUUGUCUGCCCUCGUGGCCGUUUCAUUGAUUAUUGGAGCGCUUAUUAUUUUAGUCGCUGUAGCUGUAAAUAAACAGAAAUCUAAACAGACUGAAGAAGAGGAGCAGAGCGAUAAAGCAGCUGCAAAGUCCUCACUAAAGGCAUCAACUGUUAAGAAGCAGAAAGCACAGCAGCGUCCUCGCAAGGAGAAACCUCAGCAGCACACGUUCUCCCACCCGCUGCUCGCCUCCUCACUGAAGAGUCACAGUGGUGCAGUGACCUGUGUGGACUUCAGCAGUAACGGUAAAUACUUGGCCUCCUGUGCUGAUGAUCGCACCGUUCGCAUCUGGAGCACUAAAGACUUCCUGCUGAGAGAUCACAAAUGUCUGAGGGGUAACGUGGAGUACGACCAUGCUACACUUGUUCGUUUCAGUCCCGACUCCCGAGCCUUCAUCACAUGGCUGGCGAAUGGAGAGACGAUUCGUAUUUUUAAGAUGACCAAGAAGGAUGACAGCACGUUGAGUUUUAAAGCAGCUCCUGAGGAUUUCCCCCGAAAACACAAAGGCGUCGUCAUCUCCAUGGCCAUCGCAGACACAGGGAAGUUUAUAAUGACGGCUUCAGUGGACACCAGCAUCAUCAUCUGGGACCUGAAAGGAGAAGUGUUGGCCUCCAUCACCACCAACCAGAUGACCAUCUCACAUGCUGCUGUUUCUCCCUGUGGCAGGUUUGUGGCAGCGUGUGGAUUUACUCCUGAUGUUAAAGUUUGGGAAGUGUGUUUUACUAAAACAGGAGAGUUUAAAGAAGUGAAUCGAGCGUUCGACCUCAAAGGACAUUCAGCUGGUGUGUACUGCUGUGAUUUUUCCAACAACUCCUGCAGGAUGGUGACGGUGUCUAAAGACGGCACGUGGAAGCUGUGGGACACUGAUGUGGAGUAUAAGAAGCAGCAGGACCCGUACCUGCUCCGGACUGUACCAUGUCGAGUAUCAGAGGGGAGUCGUAUUGCUCUGUCUCCAGACGGCCGUGCGGUCGCCGUGUCUAGCGGCCGAGACCUUUACAUGUACAAUGCGAGCUCUGGUGAGUUGGAGGAGGAAUUCCACGAUGUCCACAGCGAACACAUCACUGAUCUCAGAUUCGACAUUAAUAACCGCUUCCUGGUGAGCAGCGGUGACCGCGCCAUCAGGGUCUUCCACAAUGUGAGCGGUUACCGUGCGGCCAUCAGCGACAUGCAGGUCCUGCUGAAGAAGAGCACCAACUCUGGGGUGAAGCAGCGGCUACAGCAGCAGAUCACUGAGGCCGAGAGUGCGCUGAACGCCAUCAUCGGCACCCAGAGUAGCUGAACACCAUCAUCGGCACCCAGAGUAGCUGAACACCAUCAUCGGCACCCAGAGGAGCUGAACACCAUCAUCGGCACCCAGAGGAGCUGAACACCAUCAUCGGCACCCAGAGGAGCUGAACACCAUCAUCGGCACCCAGAGGAGCUGAACACCAUCAUCGGCACCCAGAGGAGCUGAACACCAUCAUCGGCACCCAGAGGAGCUGAACACUGGGCCUCAGGCGGUGUUUAUUCGACACGACCUGCUCCUUUAAUAAGUGUUUUAUAGCAGUUUUCUGUUUGAUUUUAUUAAUUGAAAAUAAACUUUGAUGUAUUUCA